AUGAAGAACUUGGAGCGCUUCAAGCAGGAAAUUGCCAUUAUGAAGAUGAUGGAUCAUCCCAACAUCAUCAAGCUCUUCGAAUCUUUUGAAGACCACAGGAACAUCUAUUUGGUGAUGGAACUGUGCUCUGGCGGCGAGCUCUUCGAUCGUAUCAUCGAAUCGGGUCACUUCUCCGAAGUGCAAGCGGCCAUCUUGAUGCAGCAGAUCAUCCGUGCCAUCUACUACAUGCACGAGAACCAGGUUUGCCAUCGCGAUCUGAAGCCUGAGAACUUCCUCUUCAUGACCAAGGACCCCAUCGAGAAGAAUUUCUUGAAGAUCAUCGACUUCGGGCUGUCAUGCAAGUUCAUCCCUGGCAAGCCCCUGGCCACCAAAGCGGGCACGCCCUACUACGUGGCGCCCCAGGUCCUCGCCGGGAACUACGACCAGCUGAGCGACCUUUGGUCCUGCGGAGUCAUCAUGUAUGUGCUCCUCUGUGGCUACCCGCCCUUCUUUGGGGACACCGACUCCGAGGUCUUGGCGAAGGUGCGCCUGGGGAACUUCAACUUCAAUCCCUCGGACUGGAAGAACGUCUCGGAGGAUGCCAAGACGCUGAUCCGUAGUUGGCACCCUGUGAAUUCUGAUGUGUCCACUGUGGUGCCCCCCAAGCGGCGCACCACCGGGGAUGAGGUGCUCCAGGCACCCAAAGCCUCCCAUGUGGCGUUGCAGUCGAACUUUGUGGACAACCUGCGCGGCUUCCGAUCCCAGAACAAGCUCAAGAAGGCGCUGGUGGAUGAAGGUGACUUGAGUGGUGGAAAGGCAGCUCUGCACAUCAUUGCGGGCCAGCUCAAUGAGGACCAGAUCAAGGCGCUCAGAGACACCUUCAUGGGCCUGGACAAGAAUGGUGACGGACUGUUGACGCCGGCCGAGCUGAAGGAAGGAUUGCAGAAGGCUGGACUGAAAGAGAUUCCUCCAGACCUGCAGCAGAUCAUGGAGGAUGUGGAUGCGGAUGGCAGUGGCGUCAUCGACUACACCGAGUUCUUGGCUGCCACCUUGGACAAGCGCCAAUACAUCCAGGAGGAUGUUUGCUGGUCUGCUUUCAGAGUCUUCGACAGGAACGGUGACGGCAAGAUCUCUCAGGAUGAGUUGAAGCAAGUGCUCAACGAUGGCCAGGUGGAAAGCACCCUUGGACAUGAAAUGAUCGUGGAGCUUCUGAAGGACGUGGAUGCCAACGGUGAUGGUGUCAUCGACUUCCAGGAGCGGCUGCGAGUCUUUGGAGUCUCAAGCGCGGUCCGGGGUCCGGAGAGAGGUCCCAAAGAGUGUCCAUCGCUGCAUUUGUUCAUGAUGGAUUUGAAGCUGGGCAAAGAAAGAAUUGAAGCUGUCUAG